UAUUAAGCAUUAAAGUCAUAACAAUGACAUUCAGCAUCAUUUAUCUAAAUCCUUGUGACAGAUGGGUCUACAGAUAAUGGAGCAUGUUCCAAAGGGAAAAACCCAAGGAGCAAAGGGUGGGCGGAGCAUAUCCGGAUGAAGAACAGUAUUAACUAAUCUGAAGACAACAUGUAUUUAAAGAUAGAUAGAGGGAGCAGGAGGGUGAUGGGGGUGAGAUGGGAGAGCAAAAACAUUCUGGUAGUGUGAUCAGCAAGUUUCACCUCAGCAGACCUCCCUCCAGAAGAAUGAUGCAUUACGCUACAGUAAAAAUAGUCAGUUCUACUCUGAGACUUAGCCAGAUGCUGCUGUCCGGAUGUUUUGUUGUGAUAUUCUGCAGUCAGGGAGCUCUCAACUGUCUCUGCCUCAGCACAGGACUGUCAACACCAAACCCUUGCGGAUGGUAUCUGACAAAUACAGAUGGCAUCUCACUAGAUUCAGAAAUACGACUAUGUGACUGAAAUACAGACCAAAACCCUGCAGGAAUGACUCUACUCUGGUGAUAGAGACCACAAAUUAUAUGACCCUUAUAAUAACAAGAUGCUGAAAGGAUAUAUGUACAUCUGCAAGGCUUCAAAUUAAUUCAAGUAUCCAGCCAAGUGCCUGUAAAUCCUGGCUGCUGUAGCUGGUAUGUCAAUUCUUCUUGCCUCUGUGGCCAGUAGCCAGCAUGUCCUCAAUUAGUAUCUUCUACUGCAAAUCAUCCAUUGGCUGCUAAGAAAGGGAAAUUAAGCUGGGAUAUUUUGAAUGCACUAAUUGCUGUGGCUGGUAAAUGGUAAAUCUGCUCCAUGCCAGUUCAUCUUCUCAUCAAGGUAUUAACUGCUUCUGUCUGAGCUGCAGGGAAGCUUUGUUUAACAGAUAAACAAGUCCCAUUAGCAUGCAAACAGCAGUAUCUCAGUUCUGUGUUUUAAAGGUCACAAUUAGGGUUAAAGGAAUGUUUGACAUUUUUGGGAAAUAUGAUUACUUGCUUUCUUGCCAACAGUUAGAGGAGAAAAUUGGCACCACUCUGUCUGCAUCCACAGUUUGUGCCCAUCAUAUAAUAAUAACAGGACAUAGCAUAUUUGAGUGAAAACAAAAACAAAACAACAAAAUAAUCAAGUAAAAUCAAUAUAGAAUUCAUAUACACAUCUACUGAAUAAAUCUGUUAAAUUUUGGUUCACGCUUUCCAAUUUACAUGCAUGUCCUUUCUAGCUGCCAUCUUUGUUUGGAUUAUCAGUAAGAGUCAGAAAAACGAAUGCCAAGCUUUGUCACACAUCCAGUAACAAUACAUGAGUUACAUGUGUCAGAUAUUACACUACAGCCACCUGUUUCCUGGCUGUAGGUUCAAAAUUAGGGUUCAGACAUACGUAAGUUAGUGUUACAAGGCUCCAUCACUACUAGAAUAACAACCAAAUAUCUGACUAAACUGCCAGAGGCCGAGUUGUGUUGUGGAUAACGUGCCAGGUUUUGGAAGAAUGCAUUUUUUUUACACUGUCAUGAGUCAGACAAUGUAAUAGUGCAACACUAAGUCAUCAUAUCUUUCAACAUUUCACACCAUACAAUUUUAGUGGAUAACUAUGGAAGUAAAUCCUUGAUAAAACGCUUGAGGGUCCAAGAACCACAUUUCAAGUGCUUCCUUGCAACUCAGCAUUUAAGAGCACACAGACACCGAUUUGUAAGAACAGAAACAAAGUGAAUAGCACUUCAAACUAGGCUUUUUUUUUUUUUUUACACUUUCAUAACUGACUUUCACACAAACUCCACUGGAGAAAUCUGCAAGCGCAAACUCAAAUGAGUGCGUGCAUUGCCAGGAUCAUGCUCUCAAAUCUGAUUCUUCGCCUUGGAGCUCUCACAUGCUGAGCUGCAAACUGAAGAGCUCAAAAUGUGGUUCGUGCACCCUCAACCGUUUUGGAAGGGAUUUACUUAGUUAACAGUCUACUUUUGUCCAGCUGCUCCAAGGGUCACUGUGUCAGACCUUAAUAGUCUAUUAGAAGGGAACUUCAUUCCUCACUCAACUUCAUUCGAAACAAAAAAGGCCACUGACGAAUCAGAUGUCACACACAAGUGGAUGUAUGUGCUUGUUUGUCGAUAACACACUAUUAGUUGGAGAGGACAUGUCAGCAUCUGAGAGGCCUGAAUCCAAUCUGGAAACUAAUUAAAAACUCACAGCCCAGCAGCCCUGAUGGCUGCAUUGUCAGGGAUGACAUUCAUCAUUUAGCACAGCCUUGGAUGUGCUGUAGUCAUGCCAGGUCAGCGUGAUGGCAACCACUGCUGCUGUGAGUGCGCCCUGUGCACAUUACUGUCCACAUGAUGCUCAUUCUCCUCAUUCUCCUCCAACUAGACUCAUCAGUUGUAUGGCUUUAAUCUGCAGCCUGUGCAUUGUUUUUUUCCCACCGAUUUUCUGAUUAGCCUUCUCUUUACAGCCUACUCUUCUUGUUUUAAUGUACGCCAGUUUCUUCCUCAUUAAUUAACACCAUCACAUCACUGGUUCCCCCAACAAAGUGCCAGUGUUGCUGAGCUCCAGCCAACAUGCAGUUGGAAAGCAACCACCAGAUGUCACCCAUGCCUCAGUGCUUCCAAUCUGUAUUUUUAUGAGGCAUAAUGAAUUUUGUGUUUGGCACUGUGUCACGCUGAUGCCUGGUGCAUAAUGGCACAAAAGGCUUUUUUUUUUUUUUGCACACAUUUAAAUAGCGAUGUUUCCGGAAUGCAGCACAGGCAGCAACAAGAGGCUUCUCUUCUGACGAUGCAGUGCUGAGGCACAUUAUGUCCAUGUUCCACGCUUGGUGCAGAUCUCUCUGCUUUAAUCGGUGACUUAGCCAUCGUUUCUUUUCACCUCCGGGGGCCACUCUCCAUACUUUGCGGGUAGCCAAGCAUAAAUGUAGCUCAGGAACGCUCUGGAUGUGUGACAGGCUGCCUAGGAAAGGGGUAAUUCCAAAGGGCAUUGGAAGUAAUAGGGUAAUCCAUUAUACAGUCCAGGCCUUUCUUCCUCCUCUCUUGCUCCCACCACUUCUCCUCCUCUUCUUCUCUUUCAGUUCCUUGCUGCCUUUGCUGUUGCAUCAGCAUUUUGUGAGGACAAAUGGGAAGAAGAGUUUAACUAUGCACAUUCUCUCACAUCCCUCUUGCAGAGUCCAACACUUCCUCAAUUAAACUGGAGCUCAUCUGCCCCGGAUGAUUCAAAGCUCACCACCCGUAGUGUGGGAGAAGCGCACACACACUAGCAGAAACACACAGUCUCCUGUCCAGCAGUGCUCGACCAUAGUCACUGUCAUGCAUUAUCAUAUCAUAUAUGUGACCAGCUGCCAUAUAUUUAUUACAUAUGUUGUGCUACAGAUUACCCAGCUGUAACACACAGUGAGAAUAUGUAGCCUAGGUCUUAAACAGAAAAUCAGCUUCAGUUUUUCCCUUUUUAAACAAAAAAGCAGGGGAGACUUUUCAAUGGAAAUAUAAUUUUUUUUUUAACAAUAUUUGUUCAGUUACUAUAUGCCUGAUUUUUGAAAAUAGACACAAAGAGACACAAAAGGCUUUAACUUGCAGACAGUCAGGUUAAGUCAGCAUAGUCCCAGAAUGUUUAGAAUUUAAAACUGUUUUCAGUUUUCUGCAUUAAACAUAUCCCCUCCUUUUCUGUGUGAUGCUGGCCUCUUUGGGAAGGCUACACUCCCAAUAUUUCUUUAUUCAAAUUUCCAUUAACAUUAUGUAAAAUUGUGUGCAUCAUCUUGUUCUGUUGUGUUUUAUAAGGUUAACUCGUGGCAGUGGACCAAUUAAAAUCUCUUCCUUCCUCAAUCUUGAGUCUUUUUGCUCCCAUCACUGACAUUUUUCUCUCUCGUGCUCUCAUUGUAGUCCCACCUCUCAGAGAGACAGAGGGGGAGAGAGAGAGAGAGAGCACUCACAGCCACCAUCUCCUCCUCCUCUUCCUCUUGCACUCCCUCUCUCAGCUCCCUUCUCUUCCAGCACAUGCUCACACUUCUCUGAUGCCGACUGGAGUCAGACUGGGGGAUUUCCAGCAGUUUCCUGAGUCUGUCCUUCCUCCCCUCACUUCCCUCCUCCUCCAACAUCCGGAGCUUCUCCACCUCUGCAUCCUCUUUUCUCUUGCUCCUCAACACCAGGAUGUGGAACUCGGUGGCUCUGCUCCUCUCUGGAUUCUCUGCUUUGAUCCACGUGUCAUUACAAGGUCCUCACCAGAGGAAUCUGCUGAAAAACCUCCUGAAGGACUACAACCGAAUGGAGCGACCAGUGGCCAAUGACUCCCAUGCUCUUACCGUUGUCUUCUCCCUUAGUUUGAUACAGAUCAUGGACGUGGAUGAGAAGAACCAGGUGUUAACCUCUAAUAUAUGGCUAAAGAUGACUUGGUUCGACCACUACCUCCAGUGGAAUGAGAGCGAACACCCCGGAGUGAAAAACCUCCGCUUCACCACAGAUCAGGUCUGGACACCAGACAUUCUCCUCUAUAACAGUGCAGAUGACGACUUUGACUCCACCUUUAAGACCAACGUUCUGGUGAACUCCAGCGGCUACGCCAAGUAUCUGCCUCCAGGAAUCUUUAUGAGCACAUGCAAUGUGGAUGUUCGCUGGUUUCCUUUUGACAUCCAGAAAUGUGAGCUGAAGUUUGGCUCUUGGACGUACGAUGGCUGGCUGCUGGACCUUCAAAUGAAUGAUGCUGACCUUUCAAGCUAUAUACCCAAUGGGGAGUGGGACCUAAUGGGAGUUCCUAGCACCAGAAAUGAGGUUUUCUAUGGGUGCUGUAAGGAGCCAUUCCCGGAUGUGACGUUUGUUGUGACAAUACGGCGACGAACACUCUACUACGCCCUGAACCUGCUCAUCCCCUGUGUGCUGCUUUCUUCUAUGACCCUGCUGAUUUUUGUGCUACCAGCUGACUCUGGGGAGAAGAUCUCACUGGGUAUCACCGUCUUGCUGUCUCUCACUGUUUUCAUGUUGCUGGUUGCAGAGAUCAUGCCAGCCACAUCUGACUCCGUUCCUCUCAUUGGUCAGUACUUUGCCAGUAUAAUGAUCAUCGUUGGGAUGUCGGUCAUCGCUACAGUGGUGGUUUUGCAGUAUCACCACCAUGACCCAAAUGGAGGAAACAUGCCUAAAUGGGUGCAGGUCGUCUUGCUGCAGUGGGUAGCAUGGUUCUUGCGUAUGAAGCGUCCAGGAGAGAAUGAUGACCCAGAGCGGCCACCGUGUGCCCCCCACCUGCGACGCUGCUCCUCAGGCUCCCAGAGUGGGAGCAUCCCCAACCCUCCGGACCCCACCCUUCAUCCACUGCAACCACAGAACCUGGUCCCUCUCCACAUGGGGCACACUCACCUCCACACUCAGUCCAGUACUAACAACAACAAGAACCUUCUUUACAUGGGCUUCCAAAGCAUGGAUGACCCUUCAGUGCUCUCAGAACCUGUCCAGAGGAAUAACACUGCGGAGGGGGCUUUGCGAGUCGCAGGAAGCCCGCCUCCACACCUGCCAUCUCAGUUCUGCAGCUCCCCACCACCUCCAAUCCCUAAUUUGGAUACAGUAGGCUGUCCUAGCACUGUCUCCAGUGGUGGGGGCUUUGGAGGUGGACCCGGAGGACUCGGUGGAUGCUCGGCUGCUGGGAUAGGAGACCCCCAACUACAGGCUAUCCUGGAAGAGGUGCGUUAUAUGGCAGACCGUUUCCGGGAGCAGGACGAGGCUGAGAGCAUGGCUGACCAGUGGAAAUUUGCAGGUGCUGUAAUCGACCGUCUUUGUCUGGUGGCGUUCAGUGUUUUCAACAUCAUAUGCACCAUCUCUAUCCUCAUGUCAGCUCCCAACUUUGUGGAGGCUAUUUCAAAGGACUUUGUUUGAAAGCAAAGAGUGAAAGAGGGGAAGAGACGCAUGAAGAAACAGAUGAGGGAAAUUAAAUAUAAGAUGAAGGAUGGAAUGGGCCUGGAUCCAAAAAAACAAACAAUCAAACAAAAAAAAAACUAUUUCCAUCAGACUGAAGGCUGUGAUUUGUGAUCGGAAAGAACUGGGAAAUAGAAAAAACACAAAUGGUUUUCUUUGCAAUACAUUCUGCUUUGCAAGUGAAAUAUAAGAAAAAAACAGAUGAGGAAGAGGAAACAGAGCAAAGUUAAAAUGAGAUUAGGAGCAGUGUGCUUUAUUAAAUUCUUGAAGGUGAAAUGGAUUGUGGCUGAUUCAAUUAGGAGAAAGAUGAAUCAGAAAUAAAAUUAAAAAUAUCAGUCCAAUGCAACCUUGAGUAAGAAGAGAGUGAGAAAGGGGGAAAGAGACAGACAGAUAACACAGGAAUUGAUAAAUAAGAGACACUUGGCUGUUUGAUAUUCUUGAGGAGAGAAGCAGCCAAGUGUCUCCCACAUGUUGAGAAAAGACUAUUGUUAAAAGUGAUUUGACGAGGACAGGUCCAGGAAGUAGAAAUAGAGACUUUUACAAGGACAGACAACAAAGAACUGUAAUAAAGGAGUGAGACUUCAUCCCUUAAGACACUGGCAUUUAGUCACAGCAAGCAGCCUGAUGCUCAGAUACCCAAAAGCAGACACAGGUCAAGAAGGCUGCAGCAGAGAGGAACAAACGAGGAUCUCAUCUAAUUUUCAGUCACAUCCAUUUAAUGGCUGUCAAUUUAAAAGACCCAAAAUAAUCCUUAAGACUAAUAAGCUUUUCAAAGACGAAGUCCCCUCUCUGAUCGCAACCCACUGUAAGUUUCCAAGAUCCUCUCUCUUUGAAACGACUGCCAUUCUGCAACAAUCAGCAGAGACAAAAGCUCCUCAGCAGCAGACACACUGUGCAGUGUUUAUCAUGACAGGGAAACUGAACUAAUGGGUCAUCACCAACGCAGUGGCCAGUAGCUGCACCCCAGUGGAGGCUUGAUCCAAUAAUAACUCAUAAAGUCACCUAAGUGUAGCUGACAGGUCCUAAUAGUCCAACAGAUCGUAUUGGAUUUCAUAUUAAAGGUUUUAUAGGUGAAAUGGGAGGUCAGCUCCUUAAAAGAACAGCAGAGGCACAAACAGGGACAUGAUCGCUCAAAAUCCUAAAAAGAUUCUUACGGAGAAAUGACAUCCUAUCAGCUUUCUGUCAGAUCCAUUCAGGGAUUUACACCUUCAUGAGUGAUUUAACACAUCUAAAAUGAAAGAUGAGAGUUUAUUAGACCCCUGUUUUCAUUAAACUGACUCUAUAAUAAAGCGAAGAUUUCUAGGUUUAAAUUUAGACUAUGACCUGAAGCCAGAAAUCAUUGAUGGCUAUAUGUUAAAUGAGUAUAGCGCUGAGGAAACUGAAUUUUAUCUUCUACUUACCAAAAGUCAGACAUGACUUUCUUGUGUCUUUGCUAGCACUGUGAGUCUGCGCCUAACGUUAGCUUAGCCUAGCUAAUCUCACUUCAUGGAUGUCCAGUGGUUCAAAUGGCAGCCCCUAUUAAAUUUAAGGAACUUCAAACAAUGGCUGCUUGACCAAAGUACAAGUUGUAUUAUGCAUAAGCAUAGAGUAAACACCUGAGUGUCUAUUAUAUAAGGAAUUGUGAAAGAGGGAGUGAUUAUACACACACUCGAAGAUUAUAAAAAAAAAAGCAUGAGUCAUUCAAAAUAGCUAGAAGUAACAGAAAGUGCACCUUUAACAACUGUCCUUGUUACGCUUCAGCACAGAUAAUUUCUGCAGCUGCCAGUGGCCCACUGAUUCCAAGAUAUUGUCUUUUUAUAAUGGUUUCUAUGUGAAUAUGGUACAUAGCCAUUGAUAAUAAAAGGAUAAAGGUGUUGUUUUUAUAGAUUUAUUUAACUAUCAACAAAUCCCACAAAAGGAGCUAGACCUGUAAUACAUUAAUGUCCAUCUCUCGGUGCUUCCUUCCGCUGGGAAACAGAGGCCCAUGUCCAUUUGCUCAUAAUGAGGAUGUAAUCCUUAAAAUCCUUUAAAAAAA